AUGAAAGACUCAAAUGACCAACUGGCCGUCGUCUCGGCGUCGGAAUCGCCUGUUGGGUCCUCUUCUUCAAGCGGUGGGGAAUCCCCGGUGGAAAAGAAGUCACUGCGCAGGAGGAUCUGCAUAUUCUUUGCCAGCGCUUUCGUGUGCUCGAUGUUCAGUGGAUGUCUGCAAGCUGCUCUUUACACCGGCAUGGACGCCUACUAUGCUCUACCAGAUCUUCCCAGCAACACCCGCGUGCAUUGGCUGACUGCCAAGGAGAAGCUGCUCGCCCUCGACCGAAUGAAGCGGGCAGGCAAGCAGCUCGAGGAGCCAUUCACGUGGCGAGAGGCGAAGCGCAUUCUCAAGAAGUGGCAUUUUUGGGUCUACACGACUUACUACACAUUCUUCAUUUGCAGCGAGAACAUUGGAAGCUACAUGAACCUGUGGCGGAAGAGCCUUAACCGCUACACCGUGCCAGAGAUAAACACGUAUCCCACGGUCCUAAACGCAAUCACCAUCGUAACCACCCUGUGCUAUGGCUGGACCAGCGACUCGUUACAGGUCCGCGCACCGAUCGUCUACUUCUCGUUGGCGGUCUGCGUCUUCGCUGCCAUGAACUUGGCCAUUUGGGAUGGCGUGCCGUUUGGUCUUAAAUGGGCGUCUUUCUACCUCACUGGCUUUGCGCAAGGCUCAGGCCCUGUAUUCCUCACGAUGGUCAAUGAGCACUGGGCCGGGGACAGCCUGGAAAGAAAGAUCAUCCUUGGUUCAACUAACUCGGUAGCAUAUGCCUUCAACGCGUGGAUCCCAUUGUUGACAUACAACACAACAUACGCACCGCAUUUCCUGGUGGGAAACUCCACGACCGUUGCGUUUAUUGUAUGCGCGGCGUUGACACUGUCACUCGCUAUCUAUCUGCAGAAGAGGGAUGCAGCCACUGGAUCUGUCUAUCGCAGAAGCGAGCCGAAUGAGAAAGCUGUUUUAAGCGGCCAGGAGACACACUAG